AGUCAUCAUGGUUACCUUAUAAUAUGGAGUAAAAUGCCGGACAGAGCAGGUCAUAGCAUUCCAGUAUCAUCAAAGUAAUGAAGUAGCUUUAAUUGAAAUUUUGAACAACUUUUCAUUACGUCCUAGCUAUCCAGACACACUAAUUAUCAAGAACUUGUCAAUUUUGGAUGCGAUAAACUCUAGGUAUAUAAAGCCAUUGUGCACUUCAACUGCAAAACAUACCCACCAAAGUAACGAAAAACAACAAAUCAGUGCAGCAUUCGGCAAUGGCACAAAAAAUAACUCUCGUCCUCGCGUUUUUGGCGGUCAUCCUCUUAGCAGCAGUUAUCCAGGGAAGCCAUGCAGUGGAAUACACCGUAACAAACACUGCCUUGUCCACCCCAGGUGGUGCCCGAUUCCGGAGGGACAUCGGGGUCCAAUACAGCAAGCAAAUGCUCGACUCCGCCACAAAUUUCAUAUGGAGGAUCUUCCAGGAGAACACUCCUGCCGACAGAAAAAACCUCCAAAAAGUUGACAUGUUCGUUGACGACAUUGAUGGUGUUGCCUAUACAGUCAACAAUGAGAUUCACGUAAGUGCAAGGUUCAUCCAAGGUUACUCGGGCGACGUUAAAAGAGGGAUUGUUGGCGUUCUCUACCAUGAGAUGACGCAUGUUUGGCAGUGGACUGGGAAUGGACAGGCUCCCCGAGGAUUGAUCGAAGGAAUUGCUGAUUAUGUGAGGCUUAAAGCCGGGUAUGUUCCUCAGCAUUGGGUGAAACCUGGGCAAGGCGACCGGUGGGAUCAAGGAUACGAUGUCAGCGCCCGCUUUCUUGAUUACUGCAGUAGCCUGAAAAAUGGUUUUGUUGCGCAACUCAACAAGAAGAUGAGAAAUGGUUAUAGCAAUAGCUAUUUUGUUGAGCUGCUGGCCAAGUCCGUCGACCGACUCUGGAAGGAUUACAAAGCUAAAUUUAAUAACUAAACAUACGUGCUAAAAUGCUAUGAUUAAAUAUAAUGAAACUAUGUAUAGGAGAAUAAGUCUGUCCUGUACUCCAUGGAUUAAGUUGCAUUUAGAUGCAGCAUGCAUGGAAGGAUGUGGAUGGCCUCCUAAAAAGUUAGUAAUAACGAAAUAAAUUCCAUGAUAUUUUUAUCCUUAAUUUCGCUCAUUCCAAAUUUCAGACCACCUAUUUUAAGUAUUU